UUCUUUUUACUGAAUUGAAUUGUAUAUCCAACGAAGCAAUCUUCUGGCUGGUAGGCGCUCUGCGUUGUAGUAUUAUUCUUUUCAAUUCAAAUUUGCUUAGGACCGGAGGUCCUAUGAAGCAGCAGAGACUCUACUACAUUAAGCAAUGAGGAUUCCCUUUCGUUUGGCCAAACUCACUCACAGCACAGCUGGUGGAUUAAAGACUUUAAGGUCACCAAAAGACAUUGCUUGCUUGAGCCCGUCGAAGGUCACUGCUCUCAGGAACAGUAGCCAAAUGGAUUGGAAAAUGCAGUCGCCGAUAGACAUUGACAGCACCAAGGCCGUUGCAGACAAAGGCUUAUCAACGAAACCUCUAGACUUUGGCAGGCAUCUGUCAGCAUUUAGUCUCACAAACACAGGUUCAACGGUCGAUGCCAAGACACAAAGUAAGUACCUACUGUCUGGGGGACCGUUGGCAAACCCAUAUGAGUUUGUUGGGUUCCAUUUUCAUUGGGAAAAUCAGGAAAAUCCCCUUUCUGGGUCAGAGCACCUUUUGAAUGGCAAAGGUUUCGCAUCAGAGCUUCAUUUAGUCCAUUGCAAUAUACAAAAAUAUGGUGAGUUUGCUGAGGCAUUGAAUUAUGAAGAUGGGCUCAGUGUUCUUGGUGUUUUUUUGGAGAUCACUCCAGAAGAGAAAGGCCAUGAUGCAUUGGAAGAACUUUGCAGUUACUUCGAGGAGAUCAAACUAAAGAAUGAUUCAGUAGCAAUGAAGAACCCAUUUUGUCCAUAUGCUUUGCUCCCUAAUGACACAAAAUCCUAUUGGACAUAUUCUGGGUCACUGACCACUGCACCCUUUUCAGAAUGUGUCUCUUGGAUUGUUUUUAAAGAAUCAAUAAAGGUCUCAAAAUCUCAGCUGGAAAAGUUUCGAAUGCUAAAGUCAGUUGCUGCUGUGGAAAUUCAAGAACAAGAAAGCUUGCAGGCAACACACAUAUGUCAUAAUGUCAGAGAAACAUUUCCAGUUGGAGAUAGAACUGUUAGGGCUUCAUUUGUUUAGGUAAAAUAUCUGAUAAUAUCAAAAAGAUGUUUACUGAAAUAAUGGGUAAAGAUAAUAAAAAUGUAUGUGAUAAAAAUAUAUAAAAAUCAAAAUAUAUGUGACAAUAUAACCACUUUUAAUGUGUUGUAAUUUGGUAUGAAAAUGAAUGUUGGAAAUUUAAAAAC